AUUUGUUACAAUUUUCCAUCUCGAUAUAUAACAAAUUUAAAACAAUAAAGUGAAAUGAAUAAGAACAUUCCACGGGUCAAGACAUCAAAUAUACCUAAUCGGAUCAAAUUUAUAAACGCAAUGACAACUGAAUUGAAUUCCAUCCUUAUUGUGUAUACAAGGUUUUAGAAAUUUACGGCGAAUUAAAUGUGGAUUUAGGAAAAUUAGCAGAUAAAAGAGGUCAUAAAUAGGGCCUAGAAGGAUCUAAUGGGGCCAUGUUGAACUGAUACCGGCGGCAAGAUGAGUGCGUUUGCGAUCACAAACAUUUUCCUUGUUUUCAGCUUAAUCUUGAACGGUUGCAACGGCUUUAGCCACAGGGGAUACAAACUCUAUGAAAUCACUCCAGAAUCUCUAGAAGACGCCGAGUACUUGCACGCGUUCAGCAAUGAAAAAUUCGAUUUUUGGAGGGAAGGGCAGCGACUGGGAGAACCCACCGACAUUAUGGUUGCUCCGGAGGAUCAGCAAGAGUUUGAGCAAAAGCUGGCCAAUCGCGGAAUGAAAUACCAGGUGGUAGUUGAAGAUGUCGAAAGCAUUUUGCAACAAGAAAAGUUUGAGCGCAGCAUGGCCAGAUCUGCUCUGGGGCCUGGAUCGGUCACUUUCACCAACUACAUGCUGCUGGAAGAGCAAAUGGCUUAUCUUCGACGCCUAGCCCAAGACUACCCGAACAACGUAACAGUGGAAUCCAUCGGGCAAUCGCAUGAAGGCCGCGAUAUAUUAAUAUUAAAAUUAUCCAGUGGGUCCAGCGGAACAAGUUCACCGAAACCAGCAAUUUUCAUCGACGCAGGUAUCCAUUGCAGGGAAUGGAUCGCACCGCCAGUGGCUUUAUAUGCCAUCCAACAAUUGGUGGAAAACACUGCCAAUGCCGCUCUAUACGCAAACGUUGAUUGGUACAUUGUUCCCAACUUGAAUCCAGAUGGAUACCAAUACACUACCACUGUUAAUCGUUUAUGGAGAAAAAAUCGCCGUCUAACUGACGGGGCUGAAUGUUACGGCACUGAUCUGAACAGAAACUUUGGCUACCAAUGGAUGGUAGGAGGAGCAUCAAGCAACCCUUGUUCAGAAACUUUCGCCGGCCCUUCUGAAUUUUCUGAGCCGGAAGCGCGAGCGAUGAGAGACUUUAUCUUGGACCACAAGGACAACAUUAAACUCUACGUCUCGUUCCAUAGUUUCGGUGAGCUGUUGCUCUAUCCAUGGUCCUAUGCGCCAUUGCUUCCCGAUAACACUGAAGAACUCUAUGCGGUUGGGCUGCGAUCAGUGCAAGCGAUUGAAGCAGCCAGUGUAAUCGGCUCUGAGUACACCGUUAAUAAUUCAGCUAUUGGUCUCUAUGUAGCUGCCGGUGUUACCACUGAUUGGGUCAAGGCAGAGGCGGGAGUCGAUCUCAGCUACAUCUUCGAAUUACCCAACGGAGAUGCUCCCUGGUGGUUCAUGCUUCCUGCCCGACAAAUUCGCCCAGUAGUUGAAGAAACGUGGGCUGGCAUUAGAGCAUUGUACGAAUAUGUAGAAGAAAAGUUUGUUGCCGGCAUAACAACCACGACUUCAACCACAACGACCACAGUUUCUUCGGUAGAUGAGCCUGAAAGUAGUACUUCGUCUGCAAGCACCUCGUCAACUGAAGGUACUUCUUCCACUUCUCCUACGACUACUUCUACCACAACAACAACUACUGGCAUACUGCGCGAGCUAGAUCUAAGUGAGGAUUCCUUUGUAAGCGACGUACUGAGGAGCUUCCCAGUGUAACUGUUUUUAAGAUACCAUGGAUGAUAUUGUUUGAGUGUCUUUUCAGGCUUGAAAUAAACGUAAAUCAGUAA